GGUGGUUGGUGGUGGCAUCGUCUGAUUGACAGGCGGUGGUCCCGGGCCUGGAUCCUCGCGGCUGCUCGCAGGCACUCUCCAGCUGAUGUGCCAACAAAGUCCGCCGUCGGUAAACGUCCUUUAAAAGCUUCAGAGAGAAAAUACAUCUGAACCUCCAGUAUCUUUGCAUUUGACUUUUCCACUAAAUCCCGCCUCCCGUUUGUAUCGAUUGGCUGCUGCGUGCAAAACUGACGCCGAUUGGCACCGGCGACUGCCAUUCAUGCUCCGGAUCCUGGGCCGGUGGGUAGACGGGGCCCCCGGGGAUGUCCGGCGGCUGCAGGCACGUUCCCUGCAUUUGUGAAAGAAAUCACAAGUUGUACAAAUCAUAAAUAUUGCAACAAAAUACAUGCAUUAUAUUUGCUCAUCUGUAUUGUGGGAUAUACCCCCACUUACUUUCACUUUUGGAAGGGGAAGUGUUUACUGUGAAGACGCGAGCGAGCUGAACCUUGUGAAACUGAUUGCAAACGCCCCUUUACGUUACAGGGGAAAUUCUGUGCCAUGGAUGAAGAGGAAGGCAGGUUGCCCCUAAGUGGGGAGAGGAGUCCAGGGACCGUGGGAAGUGGUCCCAGGAAGGAACAGACAGCAUUGGGCAGGAAUGGUGAUCGCCGUCACAGCAAGAGAGCCUCCUCGACACACCCUGCCAAGAAGGAGUCUCGAGCGGUGGCUGCCCCGGGCAACUUCAUCCAGGUCAACGAAAAUGCAGAGCAGAUCAAAACACGCAGCCUGGAGCCCAAAGCCCUCUCUUCUGACCUGGGAGAGGCUCCUUUCCUGGGGAAUGAUACAUCAGAGGAGAUAUCUGAGCGAGAUGGUCCCGACGCUCCGCUGUCCUCACCCGUGGAGAAAUCCGGUGCCGCGCAGAAGUACGCCACCACGCUCACCAACCGGCAGAGGGGCAACGAGCUCUCAUCCAUCCCGGCAAACCUUGACACUCUGUCGGUUCAUCAGCUGGCUGCCCAGGGAGAUCUGUGCCAGCUCACAUCGUGCCUUCAGCCAGGGGAUAUGCUCCUGAAUGUGCCGGACGAGCAGGGGUUCACACCACUGAUGUGGGCGGCAGCGUUCGGAGAGAUCGCCGUGGUGAGGUUUCUGCUGGAGACGGGAGCUGACCCAUGUAUCCUGGCGAAGGAGCGGGAGAGCACGCUGUCUCUGGCCAGCAUCCAGGGAUACACAGACAUCGUCCUGCUGUUCCUUGAGCACGGAGUGGACGUCAACAUCUACGACUGGAAUGGUGGCACUCCACUGCUGUAUGCAGUGCAUGGGAAUCACGUACGCUGUGUGGAAGCUCUACUGGCCAGUGGUGCUGAUCUGACGAUGGAGGCAGACUCUGGUUACAGUCCCAUGGACUUGGCUGUAGCCCUGGGAUUCAAAAAAGUUCAACAAGUCAUUGAAAACCAUGUACUGAAGCUGAUGCAGAACAACAGAGAGUGAUCGCGGGGCACACAAGGGAACCGGCCAAUACCCCCGGUGGCACUGACAAAAUACCCUCCCACCCUCCUCUCACCCUGUAGCCCACCUGCACCCCUCGUCUGCCUGGGCAGAUGAUGGGGGUUGUCGUGGACUGCAGCUUGAAUCAGAAUCGACCAGCCCAGAGCCAACUAGAUCACACUAAUGCCUCCUGGAUAUCAGAUCAGUUGUACCGUUAAAGGGUGGCCAGCAUCUGUCUUUGCACGGGUCUGUGAGAAGGAUACCUGCAAAUUUCUAACAUGUAAACAAAACAUUAAAGUUUAUUUUUUUUAAA